CCCGUUGCUGCCGCCCCUCUGCGCAGGCGUGGCUGCGCUGAGCCAUGGCGGGGGCGCUGAGCGGCAUGUUCGGUAACCAGCCUCCGGGGCCGCCGCCACCGCCGGGACCUCCCGGUGGGCCCGGCCCGGCAGGCCUCAUCCCGCCUCCGACGGGGCCGCGCAAUCCCAACAACACGCUGGUGGACGAGCUGGAAGCGUCCUUCGAGGCCUGCUUCGCCUCGCUGGUGAGCCAGGACUACGUGAACGGCACAGACCAGGAGGAGAUCCGCACCGGUGUUGAUCAGUGCAUCCAGAAAUUUCUGGAUGUUGCAAGACAAACUGAAUGCUUCUUCCUACAAAAAAGACUGCAGCUAUCAGUCCAGAAACCGGAGCAAGUCAUUAAAGAGGAUGUUUCAGAAUUAAGAAAUGAAUUGCAGAGGAAAGAAGCAUUAAUUCAGAAGCAUUUGGGUAAACUGCGACACUGGCAGCAGGUCCUGGAAGAUAUUAGUGUACAGCACAAAAAGCCUGCAGAAAUGCCUCAGGGUCCAUUAGCUUACCUAGAACAAGCAUCUGCCAACAUUCCUGCUCCAAUGAAGCAAACAUAAUCUUACAUAUCUGAGUAUUUUCAACUGUGCAAAGCAGUGGUGGUGGUCUUGCUUUGUAUGCUUUUUGUAUAAUGGAAUUUGUACUAAAAAUAUAAAAAGUGAA